AAAUCAACCAGGGCUUGCAGCCUGUGUACUCCCAACAUCACGAAUGACCUGGAUGACACUUGUCAAUGCGUCACUGCUGACGGCGUGGAAAGAACCAUUCUAGCCGUGAACAGAAUGUUACCCGGACCCUCGAUUCAGGUUUGUCAGGGUGACAAGAUCGUCGUUGACGUUGAGAAUUUAAUGCAAGGCAUGGAAACCACCAUUCAUUGGCAUGGAAUAUAUCAGACAGGAACACCUUACCAAGAUGGAGUACCUUUCGUGACUCAAUGCCCUAUUGCGACCGGACUGACGCACAGAUAUCAGUUUAUGGCCACAAAUCAAGGCACACACUUUUGGCACUCUCAUGAUGCUCUACAAAAAAUGGAUGGCAUAUACGGUUCCUUGAUCGUUCGUGAACCACCCCAAUCGGAUCCCAACAGCCAUCUCUACGACUACGAUACACCGUCGACAGUCAUGGUUAUUAGCGACUGGUCGCACCUAGAGGCUACUGAACGUUAUCCAGGACUUCUGGGUACCCCGGGUCAAGCCGCAGAGGCAGUGCUGAUACAUGGAAGAGGACAGUGGAUGAAUCAGACUAGCAAGGUUACAACCACUUCACCACUGGCGGUGUAUACAGUGAAACAGGGUAAAAGAUACCGAUUUAGAAUGAUCAAUGCUUUCUGCACGGUUUGUCCUGCUGAAUUAAGUUUCCAGAAUCAUGACAUGACCGUCAUCGCAUCAGACGGAGAACAUUUGCAGCCCGUUAGUGCUACCAUCUUAACAUCGUACGCAGGAGAACGAUACGAUUUUAUAAUAGACGCCAGUCAAGCGGUGGGCACCUAUUGGAUUCGAGUACGUGCUGUCGGGGAAUGCAGUGGUCCAGCUGUUCAGCAAUACGGUAUUCUUCGCUACGAAGGUGGGCCUGAUCUCCCCACUUCUGAACAACUACUGUACAGUCAAAGCUUUGCCCAGGGACUCAUCCUCAAUCCGGCGAACUCAAACGUCUGUUCCUCCUCGACGCAACCAAUUGACGGUAAUUUGUGCGCGAGCGGAUUUAGAAGUGCUCUUCCUGUGGACAAGGAGAUUCUUAAAUCGGUCCCAGACUUCAAAUUCUACCUGCCAUCAGGGUUCGUGAUAUUCCCAAAUACGGAAGUAUUUACACCGAACACUUACCUACAAUAUUACGUUCCCCCACAACGUGUUGCCAUCGCAUCAGUUAUUAACAACAUCUCGUUCGUUUCUCCACCCGCACCACUGAUUUCCCAGCGUAACCACAUUCCCUUGAAAUCAAUCUGCAAUGGAGAAAAUCUCCCCAAAAAUUGUGAUGGGUCUUAUUGCGCCUGCACACAUGUCCUGAGCGUACCCUUGAAUGCCGUUGUCGAAAUCGUCUUCUGUGACACAGUUCCGCAAUCCGGUCUCUCCCAUCCAUUUCAUUUACACGGGAACGCCUUCCGCAUCAUUGGCAUGGGUGCAUCCGCCGACCCAAGCGUCACGGUACUGAAUGCGACAACCAUUCGUGAUCUCGACAGGAGGGGUCUUCUGGUUAGGAACUUUGAUCAGCCUCCUACCAAAGAUACCGCUAUAAUACCUUCUAACGGAUACUUGAUUACGAGAUUCCUUGCUAAUAAUCCUGGCUACUGGCUAUACCACUGUCAUUUCGUGUUCCACUCGAUCACCGGCAUGGAGGUUGUCAUACAAGUCGGUAAUGUGACAGAUAUUCCACCAGUCCCACAAAACUUCCCCACUUGCGGGGACUACUUGCCGAAAAUAUUGCCUAUCAGCAAAUAACAACUUCAAACGUAGAAUUUAUUGUUUGACUAUUGGAUUGUAGGUUCCAAUUGUAAUU